AUGUUCUUAUCAAUAAAACGUUAUGAGGAUAGCAUACACAAUAUAGAAAAAUCAGAAAAUCUUCUUGAUAAAAAUAAGGAAAAUAGUAUAGAUAAUCCAAUUAUUAUUGACAAUAGGCCAAAUAGUAUAGAGAAUCCAAUUAUUAUUGACAAUAGGAAGAAACUUGAAGCUGUUCCCAAAAAAGAAAUUAUUACAAAAUUUGUUCAAUAUCCUUAUUUUCUUCAUCGUACACAAUUUAUGAAUUUACCUGUUUAUUCGGAUAUUAGAAAUGGAAAAUCUCGAGUUUUGACAGUUAUAAGAAGAGUUGAAGGUGAUAUUCAGGCACUUCGUGAUGAUAUAAAGAGAGAGGUUUUCCCAAAUGAUACAGCCACUCGUUCUAUUAUUGGAAUUAAUCAUACCAAUAAUCAAAUUGUGAUUAAAGGUGAUCAUACCUAUAAAAUGAAAAAGUGGCUAAUCAAAAAAGGAUUUUAA